AUGGCAUCAUUGCCUCCUCCCCCUCCUCCAGGAUGGAGUGCAGCGCCCUCAUCAUUGCCGAUGGCGCCGCCGCCGCCUGGAUAUCAGCCACCUGCCGACCCGAACGUCGCAAAGUUUGCGCAGAAGAAGCAUGAAUGGCUGCGAACACAACGCAGUCGCUUCGCAGAGAAGCGCAAAGGUGGAUUCGUACAGACCCAGAAGGAUGAUUUGCCUCCGGAGCAUUUGCGAAAGAUCGUGAAGGAUAUUGGCGAUGUGUCGCAAAGAAAAUUUACCAAUGAAAAGCGAAGCUAUCUGGGAGCGUUGAAGUUUAUGCCUCACGCCGUCAUGAAGCUUUUGGAGAACAUGCCGAUGCCCUGGGAGUCCGCAAGAGAAGUCAAGGUACUUUACCAUGUCAACGGUUGUCUGACUCUGGUGAACGAGACCCCGCGCGUCAUCGAGCCGGUUUUCCACGCCCAGUGGGCCACUAUGUGGAUGUGUAUGCGUCGUGAGAAGAGUGAUCGUCGGCACUUCAAGCGAAUGCGCUUCCCUCCAUUUGAUGACGAGGAGCCGCCUUUGUCGUGGUCUGAAAAUAUUGAGGAUGUCGAUCCUCUGGAGCCAAUCCAAAUGGAGCUUGACGAGGAAGAAGAUGCGGCAGUCUACGAUUGGCUUUACGACCACCGACCCCUCCUAGAUACCCCCCAUGUCAAUGGACCGAGUUAUAAGAGUUGGAAUCUGUCGUUGCCACAGAUGGCCACUCUCCACCGUCUGAGUCACCAGCUUCUGAGCGAUGUCGUGGAUCAGAACUACCACCACAUGUUUGACUUGAACAGCUUUUUCACAGCAAAGGCCCUCAAUGUCGCCAUCCCCGGUGGACCCCGCUUCGAGCCUUUGUACAAGGACAUUGACCCUAAUGAUGAGGAUUUCAGCGAGUUUAACGCUAUUGACCGCAUCAUUUUCCGUGCCCCGAUCAGAACCGAAUACCGCGUUACCUUCCCUUUCUUGUAUAAUACCCUUCCGCGGAGUGUCAAGGUCGCCUGGUAUUCUCACCCCCAGGUGGUCUAUGUCCGUACCGAGGAUCCCAACCUCCCCGCCUUCUACUUCGACCCUGUCAUUAAUCCCAUUUCCUCCCGCUCGGUUGCUCCGAAGAACAUCACUAUCAGCCACGAGGAUGAGCUUUUCGGUGAAGGCAACAAUGAAGACGAUUUUGAGCUUCCAGGAGAGGUCGAGCCUUUCUUUGACGAUGAAGAGCUUUACACACCGGACACCGCAUCUGCGAUCGCUCUGUGGUGGGCCCCCCAUCCGUUUGAUAAGCGGUCCGGAAAGAUGGUGCGUGCUCAGGAUGUGCCGCUUGUAAAGCAGUGGUAUUUGGAACACUGCCCGCAAGGCCAGCCCGUCAAGGUCCGCGUCUCUUAUCAAAAGCUGCUCAAGACGUACGUCCUUAACGAGCUGCACAAGAGCAAACCCAAGGCUCAGAGCAAGCAAAACCUUUUGAAGACACUUAAGACCACCAAGUUCUUCCAGCAGACGACUAUCGAUUGGGUUGAGGCUGGUCUGCAGGUCUGUCGUCAGGGUUUCAACAUGCUUAACUUGUUGAUUCACCGCAAGAACUUGACUUACCUGCACUUGGAUUACAACUUCAACCUGAAACCAGUGAAGACUUUGACAACCAAGGAGCGGAAGAAGUCUCGUUUCGGAAACGCUUUCCACUUGAUGAGAGAAAUUCUUCGCUUAACGAAGUUGAUUGUCGACGCCCAAGUCCAGUACCGUUUGGGCAACAUCGAUGCCUUCCAGCUUGCUGACGGUAUUCUGUAUGCCUUCAACCACGUUGGUCAGUUGACCGGUAUGUACCGAUACAAGUACAAGCUGAUGCACCAGAUCCGUUCUUGCAAGGAUUUGAAGCAUUUGAUCUACUACCGUUUCAACUCUGGUCCUGUCGGUAAAGGACCUGGCUGCGGUUUUUGGGCUCCUGCUUGGCGAGUCUGGUUGUUCUUCAUGCGCGGUAUCAUUCCCCUCCUCGAGAGAUGGCUUGGAAACUUGCUCUCUCGUCAAUUCGAGGGUCGUCAUAGCAAGGGUGUCGCCAAGACUGUUACCAAGCAGCGUGUGGAGUCCCAUUUCGAUCUGGAGCUCCGUGCAUCUGUCAUGGCUGAUCUUAUGGACAUGAUGCCUGAGGGUAUCAAGCAAAACAAGGUUAAUGUUGUUCUGCAGCAUUUGUCUGAAGCUUGGCGAUGCUGGAAGAGUAACAUCCCUUGGAAGGUUCCUGGCUUGCCCGCUCCUAUUGAGAACAUCAUUCUUCGAUACGUGAAGAGCAAGGCUGACUGGUGGAUUUCUGUCGCCCACUACAACCGUGAGAGAAUUCGUCGGGGUGCUACUGUUGAUAAGACCGUGGCAAAGAAGAACUUGGGUCGUCUCACCCGCCUCUGGCUCAAGUCCGAGCAAGAACGCCAGCACAACUACCUCAAGGACGGUCCUUAUGUCUCAUCCGAGGAGGCUGUGGCUAUCUACACAACAAUGGUUCAUUGGUUGGAGUCGCGCAAGUUUUCGCCGAUUCCUUUCCCCAGUGUAUCGUAUAAACAUGACACCAAGAUUCUCAUUCUGGCCCUUGAGCGCCUUCGCGAAUCAUAUUCCGUGAAGGGCAGACUCAACCAGAGUCAGCGUGAGGAACUUGCCCUGAUCGAACAAGCUUACGACUCCCCUGGAACCACAUUGGCUAGAAUCAAGCGUUUCCUCUUAACCCAGCGAGCCUUCAAGGAGGUCGGCAUUGACAUGAAUGAUAAUUACAACAACAUCAACCCCGUUUACGAUAUUGAGCCUAUCGAGAAGAUCACCGAUGCCUACUUGGACCAGUAUUUAUGGUACCAAGCAGAGCAGCGUCACUUGUUCCCUGCCUGGAUCAAGCCUUCUGAUUCCGAGGUGCCACCCCUUCUGACCUACAAGUGGACCCAGGGUAUCAACAACUUAUCCAAUGUUUGGGAGACUGCUGAUGGCGAGACCAACGUCAUGAUUGAGACCGAUCUCGCAAAGGUCUACGAGAAGAUGGAUCUUACCCUCUUGAACCGUAUGCUUCGUCUGAUUAUGGAUCACAACUUGGCGGAUUACAUCACUUCCAAGAACAAUGUCCAGCUUAGCUACAAGGAUAUGAAUCAUACCAACAGCUAUGGUUUGAUCCGUGGUCUCCAGUUCUCUGGCUUCGUGUUCCAGUACUAUGGUAUGAUGAUUGAUUUGCUGCUUCUUGGCCUGCAGAGAGCCAGCGAAAUGGCAGGUCCCCCCGCCAGCCCCAAUGACUUCCUGCAGUUCCGCGACCGGGCUACUGAGACCAGGCAUCCCAUUCGUCUGUACACUCGUUACGUUGAUAAGAUCUGGGUUUUCUUCCGUUUCAAGGCAGACGAGUCCCGGGAUCUUAUUCAACGUUUCUUGACCGAGAACCCCGAUCCCAACUUCGAGAAUGUUAUCGGCUACAAGAACAAGAAGUGCUGGCCGCGUGACUGCCGAAUGCGCUUGAUGCGUCACGAUGUCAACCUUGGACGUGCUGUUUUCUGGGAUUUGAAGAACCGUCUUCCCCGAUCCAUCACUACCAUCGAAUGGGAUGACACCUUUGCCAGUGUGUACAGCAAAGACAAUCCCAACCUGCUCUUCUCCAUGAGUGGUUUCGAAGUCCGAAUCCUUCCCAAGAUUCGCAACCAGAAUGAAGAGUUCUCUGUCAAGGACAGCGUUUGGUCUCUCGUAGACAAUUCCACCAAAGAACGCACAGCACACGCCUUCCUCCAGGUCACCGAGGAAGACAUUCAGAAGUUCAACAACCGCAUCCGUCAGAUUCUUAUGUCUUCUGGAUCAACGACCUUCACUAAGAUCGCUAACAAGUGGAACACGGCACUCAUUGCCCUCUUCACUUACUACCGUGAGGCUGCAGUGUCGACCGUCAAUCUUCUCGACACUAUUGUCAAGUGUGAGACCAAGAUCCAAACUCGUGUUAAGAUUGGUCUUAACUCCAAGAUGCCUUCUCGUUUCCCACCGGCUGUGUUCUACACGCCCAAGGAGCUUGGUGGUCUCGGUAUGAUUUCAGGAUCUCAUAUUCUCAUCCCCACCAGUGACAAGCGUUGGUCAAAGCAGACAGACACAGGUAUCACUCAUUUCCGUGCGGGUAUGUCGCAUGAUGAAGAGACACUGAUCCCUAACAUCUUCCGUUACAUCAUUCCUUGGGAAGCCGAGUUCAUUGAUUCCCAACGUGUGUGGAUGGAGUACUCUCAAAAGCGUAUGGAGGCGCAGCAGCAGAACCGUCGUCUGACUUUGGAGGAUCUUGAGGACAGCUGGGACCGUGGUCUUCCUCGUAUCAACACUCUCUUCCAGAAAGAUCGCAGCACUUUGAGCUUUGAUAAGGGUUUCCGUCUUCGUGCCGAAUUCAAGCAGUAUCAGCUUAUGAAGAGCAACCCAUUCUGGUGGACUAGCCAAAGACAUGAUGGUAAACUUUGGAACUUGAAUGCCUACCGAACUGAUGUCAUCCAAGCUUUGGGUGGUGUGGAGACAAUUUUGGAACACACCUUGUUCAAGGCAACCGCUUUUCCAUCUUGGGAGGGCCUGUUCUGGGAGCGAGCUUGUCUUGCCGCGGGUACGGAAUUACUGCGCUACGAUGGCACCAAGGUCAAUGUUGAGGACGUCAAAGAGGGUGACGAGCUUCUCGGCCCUGAUGGCACGCCACGCCGUGCAUUCAACAUCGUCAAUGGAAAAGACCGCCUGUACCGCAUCAAGAUUGGUGGAAGCAAGGAAGAUCUUGUCGUGACACCGAAUCACAUCUUGGUUUUCCACCGGGAAACGAGAGCCAGAAAUAUGACUGCUGCUGCUUUCGCUGAGCUGGAUCCUAAGGAAAGAUCCUAUUACAGACUUUUCCGAGCACCAGGAUUCGAGCUGCCCGAGCAGGAUGUGCCGAAGGCCGCUGAGCGGAUAAUUCCUCAAACGCAUAGCUUCAUGGUGAAGGAUAUCAGUCUGGAAUCCGAAGCCACAGCUUGGGCUGGAUUUCGAGUAGAUAAAGAUCAGCUUUAUCUGCGCCAUGACUAUUUUGUCCUGCAUAACAGUGGAUUUGAAGAGUCCAUGAAAUUCAAGAAGCUCACCAAUGCUCAGCGCUCCGGUUUGAACCAGAUUCCUAACCGUCGAUUCACUCUCUGGUGGUCUCCGACUAUCAACCGGGCGAACGUCUAUGUUGGUUUCCAGGUCCAACUGGAUCUGACUGGUAUUUUCUUGCACGGUAAGAUUCCAACCCUGAAGAUCUCCUUGAUCCAGAUCUUCCGAGCCCACUUGUGGCAGAAGAUUCACGAGUCCGUGGUUAUGGACUUGUGUCAGGUGUUUGACCAGGAAUUGGAGCAACUUGGAAUCGAGGCUGUUCAGAAGGAAACGAUUCACCCUCGUAAAUCCUACAAGAUGAACAGUUCUUGCGCCGAUAUCCUCCUCUUUGCUACCAACAAAUGGAAUGUCACCAGGCCCUCCGUGCUGUUUGACACUAAGGAUGUUUAUGAGCCCACGACCACAAACAAGUUCUGGCUUGACGUGCAGUUGAGAUACGGUGACUACGACUCUCACGACAUCGAACGUUACACUCGUGCCAAGUACCUCGAUUACACCACUGACAGCAUGAGUAUCUACCCAUCCGCGACUGGUCUUAUGGUUGGUAUCGAUCUUGCCUACAAUCUCUACUCCGCUUUUGGCUCGUACUUCCCGGGUCUGAAGACCUUGAUUCAACAAGCCAUGGCCAAGGUCAUGAAGGCCAACCCUGCCCUGUAUGUCUUACGAGAGCGUAUUCGCAAGGGCCUGCAGCUGUAUGCUUCGGAAAGCAACCAGGAGUUUCUGAACUCCCAGAACUACUCGGAGCUUUUCAGUCCCCAGAUUCAGUUGUUCAUUGACGACACUAAUGUCUACCGUGUUACCAUUCAUAAGACGUUUGAGGGUAACCUGACUACGAAGCCUAUCAACGGUGCCAUCUUCAUCUUCAACCCUCGCACCGGACAAUUGUUCCUGAAGAUCAUUCACACAAGUGUCUGGGCCGGUCAGAAGCGUUUGGGUCAACUUGCCAAGUGGAAGACCGCUGAAGAAGUCGCGGCUCUCAUUCGAUCCCUGCCCGUGGAAGAGCAACCGAAACAACUUAUUGUCACUCGCAAGGGCUUGCUUGAUCCUCUUGAGGUCCAUUUGCUCGAUUUCCCCAAUAUCUCCAUUCGUGCCUCUGAACUUCAACUGCCUUUCCAGGCGGCUAUGAAGGUCGAGAAGCUUGCCGAUAUGAUCCUCCGCGCCACUGAACCCCAGAUGGUUCUCUUUAACUUGUACGAUGAAUGGCUGAAAUCCAUCUCCCCGUACACUGCCUUCUCUCGAUUGAUCCUGAUUCUGCGUGCUCUCCACGUCAAUAUUGACAAGGCGAAAAUCAUCCUUCGACCCGAUAAGAGCGUCAUCACCCAAGAGCACCACAUCUGGCCGUCUCUUUCUGACGAGGACUGGAUCAAGGUCGAAGUGCAGCUGCGUGAUCUGAUCCUGAACGAUUACGGCAAGAAGAACAACGUGAACGUGCAGAGUUUGACCAGUAGUGAAGUGCGAGACAUCAUUCUGGGUAUGGAGAUUAGUGCGCCGUCCUUGCAGCGACAGCAGGCGGCGGAGAUUGAGAAGCAACAGGAAGAAGCGAAGCAACUCACCGCUGUGACCACCAAGACCCAGAACGCUCGGGGCGAGGAUAUCAUUGUGACCACCACUUCCCAGUAUGAGCAGCAGUCCUUCGCUUCGAAGACGGAGUGGCGCACUCGCGCUAUCGCAACAUCCAAUCUUCGAACCAGAUCAAACAACAUCUAUGUGUCGUCCGAUGACGUUCGUGAUGAGGGCUUCACCUAUGUCAUGCCGAAGAACAUCCUUAAGCGAUUCAUCACCAUUGCGGAUCUCCGGGUUCAGGUCACUGGAUACAUUUACGGUAGUUCACCGGCCGACAAUGACCAAGUCAAGGAGGUCCGUACUAUCGUCAUGGUUCCUCAGGUUGGAAACACUCGGGACGUCCAGUUGCCGCACGAACUGCCUCAGCAUGACUACCUCAACGGCCUGGAGCCGCUGGGCAUCAUCCACACCGUCUCUGGUAACGAACCACCUUACAUGUCUGCGGCAGAUGUUACACAACACGCUCGUCUCAUGAACUCCCACCCAUCAUGGGACAAGCGGACGGUGACUAUGACCGUUUCAUUCACUCCUGGAUCGGUGUCACUUGCCGCUUGGGGACUCACCCCCCAGGGUUACAAAUGGGGUGCUGAGAACAAGGAUAUGACCUCGGACCAACCGCAAGGCUUUUCCACUGACAUGGGCACCAAGUGUCAGCUGUUGCUCAGUGACCGAGUGCGUGGGUACUUUUUGGUGCCUGAAGAUAACUUGUGGAACUAUAGUUUCAUGGGUAGCUCGUUCGGCAGCGUUGAGAAGCGACCGAUCUAUGUCAAGAUCGACACUCCGCUGCGAUUCUACGAUGACCAGCACCGACCUUUGCACUUCCAGAACUUUGCCGAGUUGGAAGAUAUCUGGGUUGACCGGUCCGACAACUUCGAGUAA